ACCAAUCCGCGUCUAGCUUGUUGAAUAUGCGACCAAUGGCAAAUUGAUGUCGCAUUUUCAAGCGGCACCCCCACCAUUGCGUAUUUCAUUGAUAAGUGUGUGGGUGCUACAUGUAGGGGAAGCUACGGUUAUAUAUAGAUGUCAGGCGAGAGGGGUGACACAUUUUCCCAGCACAGUGGUAGUUAUUAACAGUUAUCUGGUGAAGUGUGGUGCGUUGAAACUAUUAGAGAGAAAUUUCAAACCCAAUUAUGAUGGCGUUACAACUCCUGCCAGUCCUCCAAGUUAUUGUCAUUCUUUUCACGCAGGGAGCUCUGACUUACCCUAACCCAGCGGUAUACGGCACCAAACGAUACGGCAGAUCCGCCGCACAUCGAGUAUCGUACGAUCCUUACGACUCUUACAAUUUGAGGGGCCAACCCUAUCCUAUGAGCUAUUACGGGUUUUAUCCGGCAUACGCCCAAGGAUACCCGGAUUAUUACUACCCACAAGACUCUUACCCCCUGUACUAUCCCAGAACUUCCAAAUACGAAGUGUACCAAGCCGUGUUACCGUACUACUACAAAGAAACGCCGAUGAACGGCCGCAAAUUAGACUACUAUAACAAUUACGGCGAUUCUGGUGUCGAUUUGCAAGAAAGACUCCUGCAGGAUAUUGAGAGGGAACAAAGGGAACGAUCGCAGCCGAUCGGGCACGAAAUCAGAUACGAAAACGAUUACAAUAACGACGAUCAGAAUAUUGAGGAUAUCAAUGAGGCUUUUGUUCAAAACCUAGUGGCUUCUCAAAUGUACGACGACACCAGCAACGUCCGCAAUUACUACGAUCCGUAUUCUUUCGAUUACGAUGACGCGCUCAAUUUGAAUUCCAAUGAUUAUUUAAAAUGGGACGACGCGCCGUACGACAGGCCGGUGAGCAAAGAAGACGAAGACGUCAAAGAGCUCAAGGACCUAACCAAGCAGCGGAAGAACAAAAAACAUAAACAACGGCAAACCAAGGAUAAUUCGGACGAAAAUAUUCAUUGGUUCCAAGAGUCGAAUUUUAGGAACCAGUAUCAGAACCCUACCAAGCGAGCUCAGUUGCAAAAUGCGGUCGUCUACACCGACAGGAAACCGAUAGUCAAGGUAGUACCGACAACUGAGCAAUCAGUGGCGACUACUGGCGCUCCGAAAAGAGACACCAGAGGUCAGAAGGAGGAAGUUUUAAUGAGGCCGGCCACGCCCGUCAGGCAUCCAUUUUCCAAUUCCGUUUUGGACAUGAUCUCGAAGCAAGAUGGGGAGCGCAAAAGGUCUCCUUCGGUGUAUGACACGAUCAAGCAUAUGCUAGAAGUGGAGAAGAGCUACGAAGAGAACCAGCCGAAGGAAGAGAUUCGUCCAACAAUGCGUAAACGUAUCAUCUCGAGCGAGGAUAGCUUAACCAAGCAACUAACACUUUUGAAAAAGGUACACUAAAUUCUAAAAGCAGAUGUUUCAAAUCAAAACGCGUGGUAUACACCCACAUUCCACUGAUAAUGUUUUAAAAAUUUAAACUACAGAGUACCAUAUUUUUUGUUGCUCGAAGUUUGUAUUGUUACGAGUGCAUCUGGAAGAAGCGCGCAGGUCCAAGACUGAUCAUAAGUAUUAAGAGAAUGCGACAAAUUCUAGGCUUGAUAAUUUAAUCCUUCCAUGCGUAGAAAUAUGAAUCUGUGUAUAUAUUUCUAGAUGUAAAUGUAUAUUUAUAAUACUUAAUCAAUAUUCAGGUAGAAGUGUAUAUAACUGAUUUAGAAUAAACAAAUUACGUUAUAAACGGUAAGGUGCUUGCUGAAUAUAUUCUUACGUACUCUAUAAACACUUGUUUUCAAAACUAUGUACGAAUCACUCACUAUUCUUCUUCUUUAGUCGCCAAUAUGCAAAGUAGUUCUCUAAAUAGCAGCUGGUUGUCUGAAAACUUAUGUACAUAGAGUGGUUAGGUAAUUUGAUAGUUGUUUACCAUACAUUUACAUAUAAUCGACUUUGUUGCGUUCACUUGCCACGUGACUAUCUCAGGUAUUUCUAUAUUAGCUUUAAUUAUAAAACCCGGUUUGCGACAACUAGAAAAAAGUGUUCGGCGGUGAAAAGACAUCCUUCGGUACGGCAAAAUAUAAGUUUUGACUAGCGGUUCGUAAGGUAAGCCUAGUCAAAUAUGACUUAAAAAAGGGAUAAAAAUAUGCAAGGAAGAGGAAUGGGAGUUUACUGAACCAACAAAAUUAUCAUUUAACGCAAUAGCUUGUGGGACGGGAGGCAUAAAACGUAGUGUGUGCUGUUGCAUCACCAAAUAGUAACUUCUUUGUGCCAUAGCAGUAGCUUCAGAAAUUCAUCGAAUCAUUGAAGCAAUGGCAUGUGUUACGUUUUAUUUAUUCCACUCAUAGUCAGGCAAAUGCAAGGAAUCAAGUUCGGAACUAACCAACCAACAAAUUUCGUUGUUUCCUCUUUCUUAUGAGAUGUCACGUUUUCUAAAGUCUCGACCCGCGAGAUGAGUUCGUAUUAUUGGGUGUACUUCGUUACUGGUUAUGGAAUUAUUGCAGAUCAAACCUGUGAUACAGAGAAACAAGGACUGCGCUUUUUAGUAUGUCUAGAAACAUUUCCAUUAACUUCCAUUCAAUCUUCGAACCCUAUAAAGUAAAUUUCCUUAGAUGGCACGUUAGGAUUAUAACCGCACAUACAUUAGAGUACCAUAAACUGCGGAUGUUAUUAGAUAGUUCGCUUUGCUAACCAACUACUUAAACGGUGCUGAAAAUUAAUUGCUUUAAAAUUUUUCACGCUAGUGAUCAAUGUCUGUGAAAUUAAUGUUAGCUUUUUCAAUUUAAACUUUAUGAACUCCGUUUGACGACAAACUGGAAUCUCGUGAGCGCCUUUUAUGCUUCACAUGCACGUGUUUCAAUAUUUCAAGAUGGGAUUUAUAGUCAGGAUAUUGCAAAGAUUUUGCGAGCCUGUGUUGCUUUUGACAUUGAUUUCUCUGUGUAGGGUAAUAGGUGAAACACAUUUUCCAGUUUAUAGUUAAAGGGAUCGACAUCGCCUUGCUACUAGGUAAUACAUUUAAGCCGUAUAUGUUUAAAGUUAGGCAUAUAAAUCAAAUUAAGAAUUAGAAAAUACAGGGUCAAUAUUUCUUAACAUAAUUCGAUUCUGUGAGUGGAUCUUUUGCAAUUCAAUCUGGGUAAGAUGGCGCUGACGUCACUGGAACCUGUAAAAAGUAUUAUAAAAAUAAGAGACCAAAGUUGUUUAGAUUCAUUUCAAUUUUAUAUAUAUACAGGAUGAUUAUAAAAACAAGUAACAACAUUCUUAUUCUAAAUAAAACAAGCUGUAAAUUAAACCAGAAGUGACCGAACGGUCCGUGUUGAUAUUAUAAAAAUACGGGGUGGUUAAAACUUACAUUAAAAUUUUGCAAAAAAUUUUCGUUGUCAUUUUAGCAUUAAGACAAAUCUGUCUUUGUAUAGAGUUAAAAAAGUAGCAUAUUGUGACGUAUUUUUUAAAUUUUAAUGCAAAACAUUCUAAUAUUAUGAAAAUGGGGUGAAUCUAUUUGAAAAAAAAAACUUUAAUUUUUGACAACCCUGUAUGGAUUGUUAAAUAUCAACUAUCACCAAUAAAAUAAAAGAAAUUCAAUUCCAAAUAUUUCCACCAAAGAAACAUCCAAAUAGAAAUAGAAAUAUUACUUAUUUUUCAAAACUCCUUUGGACUGGCAACUACAUCUUCCUCCUUUUGGUUGGGGUCCUUUGAGGUACACCUUCGAUCGAUAUUCACCCAUAAAAAUAAACAAAAUGUGCUGUUUUAAACUCGAAAACAAUUUCUUACCAAAAUCAAAACCUAAGAAACUAACAAGUGACGUCACGAGCAAGGGGCGUUUCCUGAGUUAUAACGUUAACAUUUUAAUGUCAGAGGCUCAAUAUAUCUUUCUCAAGGUGUCGUCUGUUUUAAAGGGUAGCAAAAUUCGCGUAAUAGCUUUGAAGUUUAGAUA